CCAUGAUGCCGUGCGCAGCAGAGGUACAUGUGGAUGUGUCUAGAUUCUGAACGUGCGUGUACAUGACACAGGUCUGGUAAGACAUGGAGCGCUGCGAGGACUCUCCUUAAAACCCAAACCAGACCUUCUGUUCUGUUGGUGGUGCUCUAUAAGAGGGGGGAAGUGAUGCAGCGGCUGUGGGCUCCAGUCACGCUGCGGCUCCUGCUGCGCUCAGCGUACCUAGGUCACACCUGGAGUGCGUGUGAGCUUCCUGUGGCCGUCCAGACCUUGCGCUGCUUCAGAUGCACUUCUAUCAUUAGGACAAAGGAGAGCCACAAAACAUCGGCGGAGGAAGAUACUCCAUUAAACCCUCCACAGAGUCUUGCGGGGACAGAGGGUCUUUAUAAGGCUGGUACAGGGUCUGGAUCAGAGGCUGCCCCUCAGAAUACAUGUGAUAUUGAUCCUCUGCAGGACAAAUCUAUCGGGCUCUUUCAGAGAUUUAAAAAGACGUUUAAACAAUAUGGAAAAGUUAUGGUGCCUGUGCAUAUUGUCACAUCCACAGUAUGGUUUGGGAGCUUCUAUUAUGCUGCAAUGAAAGGGGUGAAUGUGGUCCCGUUUCUGGAAUUCAUUGGUUUACCGGAUUGGAUGGUGGGAAUUUUGCGAGAUUCCCAGGGUGGCUAUGCACUCACAGCCUAUGCAAUGUAUAAGCUCGCUACACCUGCCCGAUACACUGUUACCCUGGGGGGCACGUCCCUGUCUGUACAGUACCUCCGCAAACACGGAUACCUGUCUACCCCUCCACCUGUUAAAGAGUAUCUGCAAGACAAAAUGGAGGAGACCAGGGAACGGCUGACUGAAAAGAUGGAGGAGACGAAAGAGAGGUUUUCUGAGAAAAUGGAAGAAACCAAAGAACUGCUCUCAGGACGAAUGGAGGAGACAAAAGAGCGCUUCUCUGAGACUAAAGACAAAUUUUCAGAGAAACUGCAAGAGACUAAAGACAAAAUGUCUUUACGGAAGAAAGCGGAGUAGGCUGAUGGCUGCAUGGUUUGCUGUAAAUGAACAAAUCACACUUUACUGUGAGAGGAGAAUCAUUACUAAAUCAUGAGCAUAGAGAAAUGUUAUUUUACAUAAAGAAUUUCUCAACAUCAGUUAUCACUGUCACAAGGUGUUUGAGUGUUCUUAUAGUGGACUUGUGGUACUCCUAAUUGACUUGGUAAGGUACUAAACGUUAAAACAAGAACUGUCAAGACUAAAUGGUUUUCAUGCACUUAAAUUGUUGAAUGCUGGAGGGAAAUAAACUUGAAAUUGCUAGAGAACUACUAGAAUUAUUUACCAUAUUAAGCCAAAAUCAAGUGUGUUUGCAUAUAUUUUAGUUGUUUUGUUAAAAAAAAAAAAAAAUGUUUUUGUUUGCAUAACAGUGUGUGUCUGUAUUUGAAUUCUUGUGCAAAAUGCCUGCGCAGUCAUCCGAACUGGUCCUGUUUUAAUGAUGGAUUGCACUAUUUGUCUGUGUAUCUGGAUUGUUUAAAAGGUCAGUGGGUAAUGGAGUAAUAAAGUAAUUUCACACAUUGAA